UUAACCACUUCCCGGCCGGCCCAUGUACAUAAACGGCCAGACGGGAGCAGUGCAGGAGCGGGUGGCCGUUUGUAAACGGCCUCCGCAUUUACUGUCUGGAAGCGCGUGGUACCGUGAUCCGGUGCCCGCUGUGUCCUCCGAUCACUGUAUGGGACCUCUGUGUGAGGUCCCAAUCGUGAUCACUGAUUGGCCAAUCAGUGAUCACAUGAUAGUGAAAUCUGUGAAUGAUCACAGAGGUCACAUGGUACAAGGCUAUUCACAACAACCUUGCACCAUAUGACAAGCUGUGACCAAUCACAGCUCGCACA